GUUAGACAGACACAGCCAUGUUGUAGGAAAUCCGUUUGUGGUGGAUUACAGUAAUCCGACAGCAGAGUCUGGACGAUACAUUUGAUCACGACUGAAACCCAAACCUAGAGGCCUGGACCAAAUGAGGUACAGCCAAGAACAAACAGAUGAAAUUAAGACAUGAACUGAUGCGCGGUGUGUAAACCUGAGCAAAUUGGCUGACAGUGAGAUUGGUUGGAAAUCGUUUCCUGGACUGGAGCGGUCGAUUCAUCUGACAGAAAUUGACAGCAUCUGACUAGUAGCUACCUCCGCAGCGCAGGGCAGAGAGACAAGGCAGGAAAAAAGCUUUAAUUUAGUGGUUAAAGUGAUCUUCCCCUUUCCCUCCCCCCGCCACAUAUAUAGCUAGCUAACUAAAUUACGCUCCUGCCUAGUUGAUCUGCACUGCCCCAGUCUGCUAGCCCGCUGCCGUAGAGGAAGGCUGCGGAUCCGGAGGUGCUGUUCGAGCUAGCUAGCUAGCAGCACGGCUAGCUCAUUUCACCAGCUAGCCUGCUAGCUACGCCGAGGAAUUCACACCAUUAGCUAGCUGUUUCCUGCUGGGGCAGAUACGCCGAGAUGUCGGUGACGAAAGACCAAACGCCAAUCAAACUGUCCACCACGGAGCGGCCCAUUAAAGGUAUGCAUGCAAUCGUAUCUCUUUUAAUUCAGCAAGUGGUUGCAGGGAAUUUAACGUUGGCUAGCUAGCUAUCUACACGAUUAAUACAGCUAGCUAGUUAACUAGCAAUCAAGCUAACUAAUUUAGCUAGCUAGCUUGGCUGUAGUCGAUGCACCAGUAAGGAAAAUAUGCUUCGUGCUUACUAGUUAGUUAGAUCAUUGUUGUUCACUGUAUUUGGCUUGGUUGGAGCAAGUGGGAUAAUAUGGCAUCUGUUUAUUUCCUAGCAUCCCUUGCUAGUUUGUUAGCCUGCAGUAAUAGUAAGAGGACAUGUCAUGUUAUGAUAUAAUGUCAAGCAGCUAGCUAGUAAAUAUUUGACACCAAAUAACUUAAUUUGGCCACCAAUCUUGGAGUAACAAACUAGGUAGUCAAAUGUUUUUGAGCCUCCUAGUCCUAGCUUGAUUAUAUUUUUGUUGUAUCUGACUGAACUGGAGGAAGCGUGUGUGUGUUCUCGCAAGUGUCUGUCUGUUUGAUGUAUGUCUGGUUCAGUAGACCGGUGAGGUGUGUGUGCGUGAUGGUCUACACACACAAACACACAGGGUUCCUGCAGCAUAUGCUGAAUGACUGUCAGUGGAUUGAGUGCCAUGGAGCGGGUCUUUUGAUUUACAGCCUGGGCGGCCUAUUAGGGGGGGUGGAAUUGCUAUCAAAUUGCAACAUUUGCUUUUGAAGUAUCUGCUUCUAUUUGUAAUGGACUUGAAUGGUACAGCAUGCAGAUGGCAGGCCUAACAGUGCAUAGAUAAUGCUCUGUCUCAGCUGUAGCAGGUAUAUUUAUGGAUGGUAGCAGGUACUGUGUGUAGCAUGAUCUAACCCUAAUUGUAACCUUGAUCUAUAUUAUGAAAAUAACAACAGGACUCAUGGACUUGGGGUUAGGCCACAGGGAGUGAUGAGGAGUAAGUAGUGGACUGAGGAGCUCCAACAACUGUGACCUCUGGCUUUAUGACAAUGUCCUUUGUUGUGGACCCAAAGAGUGUGUGAGUGAGUGAUAGGCUCAAUGGGUAAGUGGCGCUUAGGAGCAUAAAGCUGAUGAGGUCAUUAUACCUGCAUCUCUCAGACGCUGCCAGGCUAACCAUCAUCCUACAGACAGCUCUAGGCUACACACACGAUCACAUUGCUAGCCCUCACACACUCAUACAUAGGUCUAUGGCAUGACUCUGAUAUGACCACUGACCUCCCUGGCUGUGAAUGUGACCAAGAUGUUCCCCCCUCCCUCCACCGCUCAGAACGUUCUACCUCCAUUCAAACCCCUUAUGUUUUGAUUUUGUUGUAUUUCAUCUUAUUAAUUGAAAUGUUUCUUGUAUGUGUUAGUCUACUCUAAUUCAGCUUUUAGCUGUCAUAGUACAAUUUCAAUUACAUGUAAAAAAAAUAAUAAAAUAAUGAUAAACACAUACUUGAUUCACUUGUGUAAAUCAAAAUGUGCUUAAUCUGAUGAUGUUACCAGUAGUUUUAAAUAUAUUUUAUAGCACGGAAAAUAAAAUAGUAAGUUGGCAUCUCUCAUGCUAAUAUUUUGAUUAGUGACAGACAUUUUAAAAUAAUUGGCUGCGAUCAAUAAUCAGUUUUGGUCAGAGGUGUGUGAGGGUUGACGUUUUGACCUUUUGGUUUAUUUACCGAUGGUAACCUGAUCAGGCCAGCCAGCUGCAUUGCUCUGCCUGUGUAAUGACGCUGUCUUCAUACAUGUAUGUAUGGAUAUGGGCCCUGACACGGAGUUCUGCCCUGGGCCCUGACACGGAGUUCUGCCCUGGGCCCUGACACGGAGUUCUGCCCUGGGCCCUAUCAUGUAUAGUAGCUCUGCCCGGGACUAGUGUGUUAGUGUGGAGUCACUCUGGAUUUGAUGAACCAGUGUAGAGUAUGUGGUGUAUGGGUUAGAUAUGAUGAACUAGUUUAGUAUGACAUGAUUGCUCAGUCUGUCUGUGUGACCUGCUUCUGUUUUUGAAGUUUUACACUAACUAGAUCACUGGGCCGAAGGGAAUAAAUAUUAUAGUUUGCUAUUUUCAUAGCGGAAAUUAUGGAUGCAAUACCUGGUGCCACGCCAACGGUAACAUAAAAGACUGGGUUCUAGUGAAUGAAUGAAUGGUAGAUUAUUCAUGUGGCUAGGAUUUAACACCUUAAUAUAGCCCGGAGACAGACAGAAGAGAUAGACAGAUAGAGAUGGUUAUUUGCCAGUCAAACCUGAGCUUCCUCAUUUCUACCAGUCCUAAUGCAAAUGCAAAGCUCUAUUCUUACCCACUCACUCAGCCAUGCAACACAAUCAUAAACGCUCUCUGUCUUUCUCUAGAGCCAAAACAUCUUCAUGUGAAAGGAUGGGCACCCUGAGAUCUCCAGAGGGUGUGUCCUGGGGUUCAAUAGACCAAUAGAUACAUUAGAGGGUGGAUGGAGGGGGUCCUGAGGUCAAUUGACCAAUAGAUGCUAGAGGGUGCACCAAUUAGUUACAGUAGUUAGCUAGUUAGUGUUAGUAGUGUGUGUUCUGUAUGUUAAUGUUGUUGUAUUGUGUUGUAGCGGUGCCCUACCCCCCUGGCUCAAGGCUGACUGUAAAGGACUUGUAUGUAGACGGGAAGCCCAGUGUUGAAGUGCUGAAGAGCCAUCUGGUUAAGGAGGGCCGCCUGGAGGAGGAAGCAGCUCUACGCAUCAUCACUGAUGGAGCCAACAUCCUGCGACAAGAGAAAUGCAUGCUGGAGGUGGAAGCACCUAUUACAGGUAACCCCUAACCUCUAAUUAACCCCUAACAUCUUCCGACAGACUGACCUCUAACGUGUGUGUCUGUUGCAGUGUGUGGGGAUGUCCAUGGCCAGUUCUUUGACCUGAUGAAGCUGUUUGAGGUGGGCGGCUCGCCCAGCAGCACCCGCUACCUGUUCCUGGGGGACUAUGUCGAUCGAGGAUACUUCAGCAUCGAGGUCAGUUUGUGUUUCAGCAUCUGCUGUUUCAUCUGACAUUUAGAGUCGUGGCCUGUUACACAGCCUUGAGUCGCAGGGCUUAGGAGCAUGUCUUUAAAUAGACAGGAAGCACACUAGCUAGUACCACCGCCCUCCCCCACACAGACAAACACAAACACACACUACCCUCCCCAACCUAACACACACUGUUGGGUUUUGUGUCCCACUUUAAAACAUAUUGUGGGAAGGCUGUAAAUAGCAUGUAUUCUAAUGAAUUAAAGAGAUACUCGGGUACUUUUGUAAUCCUUUAAGCUAGUAGUUCUGAAAGUAGCGCUUUAGAGACAAGUGGUCCCUGAAAAUUGCGUGCUACGUCACAUACUGUAUGUAAAGAUAUGCGCACCACGUCAUUGCGCUCUCUUUCGUUCUGCUCUGUGUGCAUCUUGCUAGCUGUCACUCAAAUGGCGAGGAACUGAAGCUCGUUGUCUAGAACUCUAACUUCUAGGGGGCUGGCCCACGUGGAGGAAAAUGUAGGGAAAGUUGGCCUUUAUCCUAACUGUGGUGAUCAUAUCUAACGUUAGCAUCAUGAUAGGAAUCAUAGCUAACGGUAGCAUCAUGAUAGGAAUCAUGGUUAACAUUAGCAUAAUGAUAGGAAUCAUAGCUAAUGUUAGCAACUUAGCAUUACGAUAGGAAUCAUAGCAAUCGUUAGCAAUAUAGCUAUGAUUCUUAUUAUGCAAUCGUUAGCAAUAUAGCUAUGAUUCUUAUUAUGAUACUAACGUUAGCAUAAUGAGAGGGAUCUCACACACACUCUUUCUAUCUUCAGUGUGUGUUGUUCCUGUGGACUCUGAAGAUCAACCACCCCACCACUCUGUUCCUACUCAGAGGAAACCAUGAGUGCCGACAUCUCACAGAGUACUUCACCUUUAAACAGGAGUGUGAGUGGUCCUUGUGUAUUUAGUGUGUGUGCGCCUGUUGUGGGUGGUUCUGUGUGUGUGUGUGCGCCUGUGUGGUUGGGGGCAUGGGUGUAAUAGUAAUAAUGUCCUCUUUGUUGUGUUGUAGGUAAGAUAAAGUACUCUGAGAGUGUGUAUGAUGCGUGUAUGGAGGCGUUUGACUGCCUUCCCUUGGCUGCGCUCCUCAACCAGCAGUUCCUAUGUGUCCACGGAGGCCUGAGCCCCGAAAUCACCUGCCUGGACGACAUACGCAAGGUAUGACCCCUGACCUCUAACUCCUGGCCUGCUCUGGGUUAACUCUGUCUAACUCUGUCUUAAUCAUUUUAAUUGGUUUAGCUGGCUAUGUUAUUAAGUGUUUUGAAUGGUCUAAUGAUCCCCCUGUGUUAUUUAACUGUGUUUAACUGGAUUAACCCUGUAGAUAAACUUUGUUUAACUCUGUGUUGACCAGCUGGAUCGGUUUAAGGAGCCCCCUGCGUUCGGACCCAUGUGUGACCUGCUGUGGUCGGACCCUGGAGAAGACUACGGCUCUGAGAAGUCCCAGGAACACUUUGCUCAUAACUCUGUUAGAGGCUGCUCCUACUUCUACAGUUACCCAGCAGUAUGUGACUUUCUGAUGAACAAUAAUCUGUUGUCAGUAAUAAGAGCACAUGAAGCCCAGGACGCUGGGUGAGUAUUAUCCAUAAUAUUAAUGAAUUAAUUAUAAUAUUAUUAUUAUUAUUAUUAGUAGUAGUAGUAGUAGUAGUAAUAUAAUACUGUUUUGUGAUAUAAACUUUAUAUUUCCUGUUGAAUGUGUAUUUCAGGUAUAGAAUGUACAGGAAAAGCCAGACGACAGGUUUUCCUUCUCUGAUCACGAUCUUCUCUGCUCCGAAUUACCUGGACGUGUACAACAACAAAGGUAAACAAAUGACCAAGUCCACACUCCAUUUCAAACCAUGACAAAAGGGUAGAAACCAUGACAAAAGGGUAGAAACCAUGACAACAUGGUAGAAACCAUGACAACACAGUAGAAGCCAUGAUAACAGGGUAGAAACCAUGACAACAGAGUAGAAACGAUGGCAACACAGGGUAGAUGGAUAAUGUGUGUGUCCUUGUAGCGGCGGUGCUGAAAUAUGAGAACAAUGUGAUGAACAUCCGCCAGUUCAACUGCUCCCCCCACCCCUACUGGCUGCCCAACUUCAUGGACGUCUUCACCUGGUCCCUGCCCUUCGUAGGCGAGAAAGGUCAGUGUGUGUGAAAACCUUGUGUGUGUGUGUGAGAUUAUUUUGUGUGUAUGUGAUAACUUUGGGCUCCAUGUUACCUUUGCAAAACUGACCUGUGAGAUAAUGGGGUGUGUGUGUAAUAAUGGUGUGUGUGGUAACCUUGUGUAUGUUCCUACAGUGACAGAGAUGCUGGUUAACGUGCUCAACAUUUGCUCUGACGACGAGCUCAUGUCUGAAGGAGACGACACCUGCGAGGGUAAAAAAACACACACACUAUUAAGAACUCUUUUAUAUUGACUUUCAAUGUAAGUAAAUUAUGAAGAAAGGCUGAUAUAGCAGCAACAUGUUUCUUCAAAGAGGAACUGAAACUUAAGGAAGUUAAGUUGUUUUUGACUGAAGUGCAUUAUUGCUCAUCACAGAGCAACAAUAGAUGUGAAGGUAAAUAGACAGAUCUAGGGUAGUUAAAAUAAAGAUCUGUAUAUAAUGACUAGGGAUGGGGGUUUUAAAUCAUUUCACUAUUGGAAUAGAAUCAUUCAUUUUUUGCCGGAUAUUCGAAAUACAUGUGACUCUUUUAAACGUACGUUUUUAACCUGAGCUCUGCUGCCGAGGGAUAAAGGCUAGCGCGCUGCAGCUGGGCCGGUUUGUAGCUUAUGAGAGAGAAAGCGAGAGCGCAACUCUGCUACAGCCUAGACUAGCUAACUUGUAGCAGCCACAAUGUAAUUUAUAAUCCCAUUUAACAGUGCCUGUCUUGGCUGGAGUAGCCUAGAGAAGCUAGCUCAGCUAGUUAGCUAGGCUAAUUGAGGCCACAUGCUGCACUUUCUCCCCAACCCCAAUCAGAUAAAACAACAGCCUACCUGUUGGUUGCUUGUUGUAGCCUACUCCUUCUAAUUUCUGUAACUUUUAAUUCUGUAAUUCUAUUCCAUCUUGCAUUGCAUUGCAUUAGUAAACUCUCACUCCACUUGCUACACAUUGAGCCUCUUUGCCCCCUUGAUUGGCCAACAAAAACAAGCUACAUACGUGAAGGCUACCGGUCAUCAGUCUUUUUAUGGGGCGCACCGUGCACAUUGUAAAAACUAAAUUUUUUCAUGUACUAUGUCACAUGAAUAUUAACAUUUUUAUUAGAAAAAUUAUUUUCAGUGUUUAAAUAGGCCUAUCAUUUUUUUUCUUGCUAAAAUGUAUACUCACACAAGUAUUCGAAUACUAGCAUCCGUUCAAAUAUUCAAAGAACCGUGCACAUCCCUAAAAUUGACGAGAUGCUCAUGACUCUGCCCUUGAGUCGUUGUCUCAAAGGCGGGAAGGCAGGCGACAAGCUUAUGUCCAAGAUAAGCCCAUAGAAACGAAUUAGGCUUAUUUUGGACAGAUUUUGGCGAGAGUGAAACCUCUCGCUUCGCCUCUUCCUCUGGUUACAAGCAUUGUAAGUUUGAGACUGAAGGUCUGCUUUUAACGAGCAACUGCCCCUAAAAACCAACUUCUCAUUUAGAAAACGUCCUAUGUGAUGUUGAUAUGAGUCAGAAACAUUUAUUCUACUGUCAGAAUUGACUACAAAGUGUAAAUAGGAAAAUGUUGGUCAUAAAGUCAGUCUCGUCCAAAACGGAGUGUUGUGAGAUUUGUGGACGUGACAGUAUCACAAGAUAAAUGAAAGUUGGGUUUGUUUCAACCCUGGCCAUAUGCCCCCAGCUGGCAGCACACAAGUAAUGAUCAAUUCGGAGUGCAGCUGCACGCGACCCUAUCGUAAUGCCUGUGGUAAAUUUAGCCUAGGGACCAUCGGUAAAUUACACAAUGACUUAAAAACCUCAAACCAACUAUAUAUUUUAGAAAUUCAUAUACACAUUUUGAAAGCAUUUAAUGAGAACUGAAAGGUGUUCCAACGUGAAAAUAUUGUCUCAUUUACAUUGUGUAAUCUAUUGACGGUCCCUAACUAGCCCCGGAGAUGUAGUGCCUUCAGAAAGUAUUCAUAACUGUUGACUUAUUCCACAUUUUGUUGUGUUACAGCCUGAAUAAAAUCAAAUAAAACAUUUCACCCAUUUACACACUUGCCAUAUAAUUCCAAGUAGAUAUAAGUCAAAACUGUAACUCUGCCACUCAGGAACAUUCACUUUCUUCUUGGUAAGCCACUCCAGUGUAGAUUUGGCCUUGUGUUUUAGGUUAUUGUCCUGCUGAAAGGUGAAUUCAUCUCCCAGUGUCUGGUGGAAAGCAGACUGAACCAGGGUUUCAGUAUUUGUAUUUGUAUUUAUUAUGGAUCCCCAUUGCAGCUACUCUUCCUGGGGUACAGCAAAAUUAAGGCAGUUAUACAAUUUUAAAAACAUUACAAUACAUUACACAACAUAUUUCACAACACAUUAAGUGUAUGCCCUCAGGCCACUACUCUACUACCACAUACAGUGAGGGAAAAAAGUAUUUGAUCCCCUGCAGAUUUUGUACGUUUGAUCAUUUCUCUGUCAGUGGGCAGUCUAUUAUUUUAAUGGUAGGUUUAUUUGAACAGUGAGAGACAGAAUAACAACAAAAAAAUCCAGAAAAACGCAUGUCAAAAAUGUUAUAAAUUGAUUUGCAUUUUAAUGAGGGAAAUAAGUAUUUGACCCCUCUGCAAAACAUGACUUAGUACUUGGUGGCAAAACCCUUGUUGGCAAUCACAGAGGUCAGACGUUUCUUGUAGUUGGCCACCAGGUUUGCACACAUCUCAGGAGGGAUUUUGUCCCACUCCUCUUUGCAGAUCUCCAAGUCAUUAAGGUUUCGAGGCUGACGUUUGGCAACUCGAACCUUCAGCUCCCUCCACAGAUUUUCUAUGGGAUUAAGGUCUGGAGACUGGCUAGGCCACUCCAGGACCUUAAUGUGCUUCUUCUUGAGCCACUCCUUUGUUGCCUUGGCCGUGUGUUUUGGGUCAUUGUCAUGCUGGAAUACCCAUCCACGACCCAUUUUCAAUGCCCUGGCUGAGGGAAGGAGGUUCUCACCCAAGAUUUGACGGUACAUGGCCCCAUCCAUCGUCCCUUUGAUGCGGUAAAGUUGUCCUGUCCCCUUAGCAGAAAAACACCCCCAAAGCAUAAUGUUUCCACCUCCAUGUUUGACGGUGGGGAUGGUGUUCUUGGAGUCAUAGGCAGCAUUCCUCCUCCUCCAAACACGGCGAGUUGAGUUGAUGCCAAAGAGCUCCAUUUUGGUCUCAUCUGACCACAACACUUUCACCCAGUUUUCCUCUGAAUCAUUCAGAUGUUCAUUGGCAAACUUUCUGACGGGCAUGUAUUUGUGCUUUCUUGAGCAGGGGGACCUUGCGGGCGCUGCAGGAUUUCAGUCCUUCACGGCGUAGUGUGUUACCAAUUGUUUUCAUUGACAAGAUCCUCCCUUGUAGUUCUGGGCUGAUUCCUCACCGUUCUCAUGAUCAUUGCAACUCCACGAGGUGAGAUCUUGCAUGGAGCCCCAGGCCGAGGGAGAUUGACAGUUAUUUUGUGUUUCUUCCAUUUGCGAAUAAUCGCACCAACUGUUGUCACCUUCUCACCAAGCUGCUUGGCGAUGGUCUUGUAGGCCAUUCCAGCCUUGUGUAGGUCUACAAUCUUGUCCCUGACAUCCUUGGAGAGCUCUUUGGUCUUGGCCAUGGUGGAGAGUUUGGAAUCUGAUUGAUAGAUUGCUUCUUUGGACAGUUGUCUUUUAUACAGGUAACAAACUGAGAUUAGGAGCACUCUCUUUAAGAGUGUGCUCCUAAUCUCAGCUCGUUACCUGUAUAAAAGACACCUGGGAGCCAGAAAUCUUUCUGAUUGAGAGGGGGUCAAAUACUUAUUUCCAUCAUUAAAAUGCAAAUCAAUUUAUAAAAUUUUUGACAUUAGUUUUUCUGGAUAUUUUUGUUGUUAUUCUGUCUCUCACUGUUCAAAUAAACCUACCAUUAAAAUUAUAGACUGAUCAUUUCUUUGUCAGUGGGCAAACGUACAAAAUCAGCAGGGGAUCAAAUACUUUUUUCCCUCACUGUAUAUACAACACAAAAUCGAUGUGUAUAGUUCGUAUGUUAUCGUGUGUGUGUCUCUUCACACUGCGCUGUUCCAUAAGGUGUAUUUUUAUCUGUUUGUUUUUUUUAAAUCUAAUUUUACUGCUUGCAUGAGUUACUUGAUGUGGAAUAGAGUUCCAUGUAGUCAUGGCUCUAUGUAGUACUGUGCGCCUCGUAGCAUGUCUUGUGGGGUAUGCAUGGGUGGCCGUGCUGUGUGCUAGUAGUUUAAAUGGACAGCUCGGUGCAUUCUACAUGUCAAUACCUCUCACAAAUACAAGUAAUGAUGAAGUCAAUCUCUCCUCUACUUUGAGCCAGGAGAGAUUGACAUGCAUAUUAUUAAUGUUAGCUCUCCGUGUACAUUUAAGGGCCAGCCGUGCUGCCCUUAUCUGGGCCAAUUGUAAUUUUCCUAAAUUCCUCUUUGUGACAACUGACCACACGACUGGACAUUAAUCCAGGUGUGACAAAACUAGGGCAUGUAAGACCUGCCUUGUUGUUAGGAAGGCAGAGCAGUGCUUUAUUAUGGACAGACCUCUCCCCAUCUUAGCUACUGUUGCAUCAAUGUGUUUUGACCAAGACAGUUUACAUUCCAGGGUUACUCCAAGCAGUUUAGUCUCCUCAACUUGCUCAAUUUCCACAUUAUUCAUUACAAGACUUAGUUGAGGUUUAGAGUUUAGUAAAUGAUUUGUCCCAAAUACAAUGCUUUUAGUUUUGAAAUAUUUAGGACUCCUUUUCUGAAACUGACUGCAGCUCUUUGUUAAGUGUUGCAGUGAUUUCACUUGCUGUGGUAGCAAGUAUAGUGUUGAGUCAUCAGCAUACAUAUCAGCAUACAUAGACACACAUGCUUUACUCAGAGCCAGUGGCACGUCAUUAGUAAAGAUUGAAAAAAGUAAGGGGCCUAGACAGCUGCCCAGGGAAAUGCCUGACUCUACAUAGAUUAUGUUGGCGAGGCUUCCUUUAAAGAACACCCUUUGUGUUCUGUUAGACAGAUAACUUGCAAUUCACAAUAUAGCAGGGGAUGUAAAGCCAUAACACAAGUUUUUUUUCCAGCAGCAGAUUAUGAUCGAUAUUGUCAAGCUGCACUGAAGUCUAACAAAACAGCUCCCACAAUAUUUUGUAUUAUCAAUUUCUCUCAGCCAAUCAUCAGUCAUUUGUGUAAGUGCCGUACAUGUUGAAUGCCCUUCCCUAUAAGCAUGCUGAAAAUCUAUUAAUCUAUUUACUGUGACUUUUGCUUCCCUCCAGGCCUGAGGGCACACACUUUCCUGUAUGCACACACUUUCCUGUAGGCUUAGAUUGAAGAGAUUGCAAUUAGGAGUGGCAAUAUCGUCCACUAUCAUCCUCAGUCAUUUUCCAUCCAAGUUGUCAGACCCCGAUGGCUUGUCAUUGUUGAUAGACAAAAAUAUUUUUUUCACCUCUUCCACACUUACUUUACGGAAUUUAAAAUUACAAUGCUUGUCUUUCAUACUUUGGUCAGUUAUGCAUGGAUGUGUAGGUUCAGAAUGUGUUAUUGGCAUGUCAUGCCUAAGUUUGCUAACCUUGCCAAUGAAAAAAAUCAUUAAAGUAGUUGGCAAUAUCAGUGGGUUUUGUGAUGAAUGAGCCAUCUGAUUCAAUGAAUGAUGGUGCCGAGUUUGCCUUUUUGCCCAAAAUGUCAUAUAAGGUGCUCCAAAGCUUUUUACUAUCAUUCUUUAUAUAAUUUAUCUUUGUUUCAAAGUAAAGUUUCUUCUUUUUGUUCAGUUUAGUCACAUGAUUUCUCAAUGUACAGUAUGUUUGCCAAUCGGCUGUGCAGCCAGACUUAUUUGCCGUUCCUUUUGCCUCAUCCCUCUCAACCAUACAAUUUUUCAAUUCCUCAUCAAGCCAUGGGGAUUAAACCAUUUUUACAGUCAUUUUCUUAAUGGGUGCAUGCUUAUUUACUAACUGGAAUAAGCAAAUUCAUAAAUGUGUCAAGUGUAGCGUCAGGUUGCUCCUCAUUACACACCACAGACCAGCUAAUAUUCUUUACAUCUUCAACAUAGGAAUCACUACAAAAUGUCUUGUAUGACCUCUUAUACACUAUAUUAGGCCCAGCCUUUGGAACUUCGGUUUUCCUAGGUAUGGCUACUAUAUUGUGAUCACUACAUCUGAUGGAUUUGGAUACUGCUUUAAACAGAUUUCUGCAGCAUUAGUAAAGAUGUGAUCAAUACAUGUGCAUGAUUUCAUUCCUGUGCUGUUUGUAAAUAGCCUGGUAGGUUGACUGAACCUGAACCAGGUUGCAUGCACUGGUUACAGUUUGAAGCUUUUUCUUGAGUGGGCAGCUUGAUGAAAGCCAGUCAAUAUUUAGGUCACCCAGAAAAUACCUCUCUGUUGAUAUCACAUACAUUAUCAAACAUUUCACACAUAUUAUCCAGAUACUGACUGUUAGCAGUUGGGGGUCUAUAGCAGCGUCCCACAAGAAUGGGCUUUAGGUGAGGCACGUGAACCUGUAGCCAUAUUAGCAUUUGACAUGAGAUCGUCUCUAAGCUUUACAGGAAUAUGACUCUGAACAUACACGGCAACACCUCCACCAUUGGCAUUCCUGCCUUUUCUGAAGAUGUUGAAACCAUGUAUUGCUACUACUGUAUCAUCAAAGGUAUUAUCUAAGUGAGUUUCAGAGAUAGUCAGUAUAUGAAUAUUAUCUGUUACUAGCAAGUUAUCGAUUUCAUGAACCUUGUUUCUUACAUAAUGUAUGUUAAUGUGGGCUAUUUUUAGCACUUUUCUGGGUUUCUUGAUUGUUUUUAUUGCUUUACUGAGAGGCUUAUUAUAGGUAGACAUGACUGAUAUUUAUGUUUGAGCUGAUGGUGCAGGGUGAGCUGCACACAGUGGACUUCCUACUAGGACAAACCGCCUCAGUGCUAACAGGAUUGACAGAGACAUUCAGGGUCACUGAUAAGUCAUUAGCUCAACGCAGCCUUGAAAUGCGUGGAUAGGUUUAGGGCUGGGCGAUAUUACAAAAAUAUAAAAUAAACGUUUAAAAAAAAACAUAAGUAGUUAGUGACCCUAGGGUGGCAACACAUAUAUUCUAAGUGAUUUCAAUGGGUCUUUCUACAUUAUGAUUGUUUUAUGCUGUUCAAUUCAGCAUUUUCAUAUAUUUCUGCAUUUCCUGCACUCAUUUGAGAUCAUUUCCACAUUGCUACGUAGGGAUGCACGAUAUGGGCAAACAAUCUAGGCCUUAUUUUUUACCAAAUGUUGCAAUUGCGAUUUGACUUGCGAUUUAGAGCAAAACACUUGGGUGAACUAUUGGAAUCAUGGAAAUAUAAUUAUUAUUCUAAUUCUAUAGUUAGAAUAUAAUAGUGAGCACUUUUAAUACAGUGUUUGACAUGACAACGAAUUAAAAUGCUCACUACUAAGAAUGAAGGCUGUACAAAGUGUAAUUAAUAGCUUCACUAUGCUCAAAGUGAUAUUCAGUCUUCUUUUUUUUUUUUUUACCCAUCUACCAAUAGGUACCCUUCUUUGUGAGGCAUUGGCAAACCUCGCUGGUCUUUGUGGUUGAAUCUGUGUUUGAAAUUCACUGCUCGACUGAGGGACCUUACAGAUAAUUGUAUGUGUGGGGUACAGAGACAAGGUAGUCAUUCAAAAAUCAUGUUAAACACUAUUGCACACAGAGUGAGUUCAUGCACCUUAUUAUGUGACUUGUUAAUCACAUUUUGUACUCCUGAACUUUUUAUUUAGGCUUUCCACAACAAAGGGGUUGAAUACUAAUUGACUCAAGACAUUUUAGCUUUUCAUUUCUUAUUAAUUUGUAAACAUUUUGAAAAACAUAAUUCUACUUUAACAUUAUGGGGUAUUGUGUGUGUGUGUGUAGGCCAGUGACAAAACAUAAAAAUGUAAUCCAUUUUAAAUUCAGGCAGUAACAACAAAAUGUGGGAAAAGUCAAGGGGUGUGAACACUUCCUGAAGGCACUGUAGGCUAUCCAAAAUCAAACCAGCUUUGCCACGGUCGCACACCAGCCUGCUGAAGCUAAUUGGCAAAAUAAUUUGGCUAACUUUUCCCACCUGCGAACGUACACAUGAAACGCCCACGUCAAACCACACCCCGAAACCAACUCCCGUUUUAAUUCAGUCAUGGCCACUAGCAUUUCUUAAUGAACCAAAUCUAAAAUGAGGCCAAAUCAGGAAGUGCAGUCGCCCUAUAAACACUAUUCAUUCUUAAGAUAUUGUGCAACAACAGAAAUUUAUCAAAGUUUCUAUUGAUGCCACAUGCCAGCUGAGUAUCAGCUGAGCUGUGUGCGUGUUUGUGCGGGUGCACGCAUGUUCGACAUUGCGGCCGACUUUAAAGGUGAGUCGAGACUGACUGACUGAUCUACAUAUCAUCUUGCAUCAUAAAUAACUACUCAAUAAUAUUUAUAGAUCAGUCGUCACAAUUUACCCAUGCGUUUUGAUGCUCUCGAACACUGCCAGUGUGUGCGUGUGUGUCGUGGUGUGCGUAUGACUAUGAAGGGUAGUUUAGUUCACCAGUCCCUUACCUCUUCCCCCUCUCUCUCUCUCUCUCCAUCCCUCUCUCUGUCUCUCUCUCAGCUGGAACUUCUGCUGUGAGGAAGGAGGUGAUCAGGAAUAAGAUCCGAGCGAUCGGGAAAAUGGCCCGUGUCUUUUCUGUACUCCGGUACGUGUUUGUGUGUGUUUGACUCUACGGCUUUAUUGAUGAUGUAAUCAACCUCUGUAAAGGUAUUGAUAAGAAGGCCUGCAUACAGAUUCUAUCUGGCCGUGGUUAUGUUCAGCUUUCAAUCUUUGUAUGGCGCCUCCCUUGUAACAACCAUGCUUUUGAAUUUGAAAAUGGAAUUUGUGUGUGUUGACAGAGAGGAGAAUGAGAGUGUGUUACAGCUGAAGGGGCUGACCCCCACUGGGGCCUUGCCUGUGGGAGUUCUGUCUGGAGGACGGCAGACCCUGGAGAGCGGUACGUAUACAAACAUACACCUACACUCACACACUCUAACCUGAAUUACUAUGGCAUCAUGUUUUCUCCUUUGCCUGCACUCAAACCGACUAAACCCUCCUCACACCCCCCCUCUCUCGUUCUCUCUGACUCACACACACACUCAUACACCCACACUACUAAAUCGCUCUCUCCCUCCCUCUCACAGAACACACACUACCUCUCACUCACUCACACACACACCUAUCCCUAAUCCACAUUCUCCUUUAACCUACAAAGUUAUCUUUAAACCUCGAUCAAGCUCUUAAACCCAGAACAUUCCUGCACUCCUUCUGCACUAACCACUGUGACUGGGAUGGUCAUGUGUAAAUCCUGUUACUCCUGUGUCGGGGUUGAGAGGGGAGAGGGCUGGGGGAGGUUGGGGAUGGGGUUGAAUGAUCUUUGACUGACUGACUGCAUUGAUAACAUAACUCACUGACUAUAGAUUAUGUUUAACACUCUAAAUGUAUUGAUAACAUAACUCACUGACUAUAGAUGAUGUUUAACACUCUAAAUGUAUUGAUAACAUACACUACAUGGCCAUUAUGUGGACACUUGCUCGUCGAACAUCUCAUUCCAAAAUCAUGGGCAUUAAUAUGGAGUUGGUCCCCCCUUUUCUGCUAUAACAGUCUCCACUCUUCUGGAAAGGCUUUCCACUAGAUGUUGGAACAUUGCUGCGGGGACAUGCUUCCAUUCAGCCACAACAGCAUUAAUGAGGUCGUGCACUGAUGAUGGGCGAUUAGGUCUGACUCGCAGUCGGUGUUCCAAUUCAUCCCAAAGGUGUUUGAUGUGGUUGAGGUCAGGGUUCUGUGCAGGCCAGUCAAGUUCUUCCACACCGAUCUGGACAAACCAUUUCUGUAUGGACCUCGCUUUGUGCAUGGGGGCAUUGUCAUGCUGAAACAGGAACGGGCCUUCCCCAAACUGUUGCCACAAAUUUGGAAGCACAGAAUCAUAUAGAUUUGUUUUGAUUUUUGUAUGCUGUAGCGUUAAGAUUUCCAUUCACUGGAACUAAGGGGCCUAGCCCGAACCAUGGAAAACAGCCCCAGACCAUUAUUCCUCCUCCACCAAACUUUACAGUUGGCACUAUGCAUUCGGGUAGGUAGCGUUCUCCUGGCAUCUGCCAAACCCAGAUUCGUCCGUCGGACUGCCAGAUGGUGAAGCGUGAUUCAUCACUCCAGAGAACGCGUUUCCACUGCUCCAGAGUACAAUGGCGGCAAGCUUUACACCACUCCAACCCACGCUUGGCAUUGCACAUGGUGAUCUUAGGCUUGUGUGCAGCUGCUCGGCCAUGGAAACCCAUUUCAUGAAGCUCCCAAUGAACAGUUCUUGUACUGACGUUGCUUCCAGAGGCAGUUUGGAACUCUGUAGUGAGUGUUGCAACCGAGGACAGACGAUUUUUACACGCUUCAGCACUUGGUGGACCCGUUCUGUAAGCUUGUGUGGCCUACCACUUCGCGUCUGAGCUGUUGUUGCUCCUAGACGUUUCCACUUCACAAUAACAGCACUUACAGUUGACCGGGGCAGCUCUAGCAGGGCAGAAAUUUGACAAACUGACUUGUUGGAAAGGUGGCAUCCUAUGACUGUGCCACGAUGAAAGUCACUAAGCUCUUCAAUACGGGCCAUUCUACUGGCAGUGUUUGUCUAUGGAGAUUGCAUGGCGGUGUGCUCAAUUUUAUACAAUUGUCAGCAAAGGGUGUGGCUGAAAUAGCCGAAUCUACAAAUUUGAAGAGGUGUCCACAUACCUUUGGCCAUGUAGUGUAACUCACUAUAGAUUAUGUUUAACACUCUGAAUGCAUUGAUAACAUAAUUCACUGACUAUAGAUGAUGUUUAACACACUGAAUGCAUUGAUUACUCACUGAUCUGGUUCUGUUGGUAAUGUUAACUCUCUCUCUGUAUGUUUUUGGCAUGGCUCUACUACUCACGCUUACACAGCUACCGUAGAGGCAGAAGAGGCACGAGGUACGCAAGUCAUUUCUCAUCUCUCUUUCUCGCUCUCUUUCUGUCUCCCCUCCUCCCUCCCCAAAGUUUGAGCUUAUUAUUGUUGUUUAUAUACAUAUUACCAAGUCUACCUUUAACCCAUCAGAGACUAAGCCCUGUCUAAGCUGGGGGAGGGGGGGUGGUUCUACUAAGCUAUAUGGAAUUGUUUUAAGAAGGUCAUACCAAGGAUAAUUUAGCUAUUUGAUUUUGAGUUUUAAGACCCCUUGAAGUAUCCCCCAAAAAUAUGUAAAAUAUGAUUUGAUUAAUAAUUAUUUUGGGCCUUACUGCUAUUAGCCCAUACAAACGCAUUGAAUAACAGAUUCACUACAUGGAACAACAGAUUGUCCCAAAAAAAUAUCAAAAUGAAGUUUGUUCUGAAGUGUCUCUCCUAUAUCUGAGAGACAGAAGAAAGAUCAGGAAAGUUUUUUUUAGUUUUAUUUUUACAUUUAUUUAACCCCAUAUUUUUGGCAUUAAACAGUCUCCAUAUAUACUGUACUUCCAUUAAUUUUUACAACUGGUACCGGGACCUUCAGAUGAGUCUUGUGAGGCCUGUGGGCAUCCCUGAGCAAAACAACCUACAUUUACAUCUUCGUGAGAGUCUCACCUUUGCACAGAGGGGUCAUAUUAGUGUGUAGCCCAAAAUACAGAUUUUCGGGAUAUCUCAUGGUCUGACAAACACCGCUCUAGCGCUGUCACCUUUCACUGCAGAUGCGGAAGUGCGACGUCGGCAGAUGCGGUGGUUUGAGUUGUAUCCAAUGCAAAAAAAAAACAUAUCUCUAGCGUAAACUUUUUUAUUAUGCUAAUUCGAUUUCGGCGGGGGUGCUAGGGGGUGUUGGUAUUUUUGACAGGGUUAAGUGCAGUUUUGUAAAAUGUUGCCCAUUUAGUCAGUAUUGAUCUACAUAACCACCAUGUAAACAGGGUUUCUCAUAAGCAUAUAGGAACAUAUGCUAGAUUUUUUGUUAGCUUAACUAGUAACACAAAAUAUCAGGCUAUUGACCUUUAAAGUAUCAGACUGUUUAUGCCAGUUCGCUCCUCUCCACUCCCUCUUUUUCUCUCUCUCUCUCGUUUGUUUGCCGAUGCUGCCUUGAUGUUCUUGAAGUAAGUGUCUUACCUCUAACCACCAAAUCUAACAACUAAACCCCUCUAGUCUGAGUAAAAAGAAGAAACCCGCACACUGCUCUUGCUAGUAUCACAGUGAUAACCCUGUCAAAGUAUCACAGUGAUACUAGCAAGAGCAGAGUGCGGGUUUCUUCUUUUUCCUCAUGUUAUUUAAUUGUUACCAUGCACCUGCAACAAAGAUAGCUCAGAUGUGCGCGUGCCUUUUGCAUUUUAAACCCCUCUAGUCUAGAAUAUCAGACUAUACUAGUUGUCCAUGUAUUAGAGACUAAACAUGACCAUAUUAGACUACUUAUGACCCCUACCAACCACUACCUAGUAUCUUCUAAACUGGAGCCUAAUCCUUCCUCUUUACCCCUAUACCACCCUUACCCAGCAUCAUACCAAACCUAGAGUUUUAUCCCCCUUACCCUCCUUAUACCCUGUAACUGUGGUGUGUGUUGGGUUCCUGCACUGAAGCUAAACUCUACAUCUCUCUCCUCCAGCCAUCCAAGGGUUCAACCCGCAGCAUAAGAUCCAGUCCUUUGAGGAGGCCCGAGGUCUGGACAGGGUCAAUGAGAGGAUGCCCCCCCGCCAAGACGCUCAUCCUCCUUCCAACAACCUUACAGCCAGCGGCCCACCCGACAAGAACGGGACCAACACACAGGCCUAG